AUGUUGAACGUGUUUAUAGUAACCAGCCUGCUUUAUGUUGCAAGUGGUACCACUUAUGUGACCACCAGUAGUCACAUCGAGAUGCCAAUAUACCAAAAGCGUCCUUUGAGCGAGCAAAUGGAGAUGAUUGAUAUCCUGGAUUUGGGUGAUCGUCCGAGAAGACAGGCGGAGCCCAAUCUCCACAAUUCAGCCUCCAAAUUCCUUCUCGAAGUUUACAACGAGAUCAGCGAGGACCAAGAGCCAAAAGAGGUCCUGCAUCAGCGUCACAAACGCUCGCUGGACGAUGACAUCCUGAUUUCAAACGAGGAUCGACAGGAGAUUGCCAGCUGCAACAGCAUCCUUACCUUUUCCAGCCGUAUAAAGCCCGAGGAACCGGGCAACGAGCUUGAUAUGCACAUUACCUUCAAUACCAACGAUGUGCCAGUGGAUUUGAGUUUGGUUCAGGCCAUGCUCAGGAUAUACAAGCAGCCAAGUCUGGUGGACAGAAGGGAGAACUUCACCGUGUCCGUGUAUCGAAAACUGGACAAUCGCCAGGACUUCUCGUAUCGCAUUCUGGGCUCUGUGAAUACUACGACCGGCCAACGUGGCUGGUUGGAAUUCAAUUUGACAGAAACUCUGAGGACUUGGUUACUCAAUAAGGGACUGCAACGGCGAAAUGAGCUAAGGAUAUCAAUUGGCGACUCCCAACUGAGCACCUUUGCUGCUGGAUUGGUGACUCCGCAGACCAGCCGCUCUAGCCUAGAGCCCUUUAUUGUCGGCUAUUUCAAUGGCCCCGAGCUUUUGGUCAAGAUACAGAAACUUCGCUUCAAGAGAGAUCUAGAGAAGCGAAGGGCCGGUGGUUCUCCACCACCUCCUCCUCCACCGCCCGUGGAUCUGUACAGACCUCCACAGUCCUGCGAGCGUCUCAACUUCACCGUGGAUUUCAAAGAGCUGCAUAUGCACAACUGGGUUAUAGCGCCCAAAAAGUUCGAGGCUUAUUUCUGCGGCGGCGGUUGCAACUUCCCGCUGGGCACCAAAAUGAAUGCCACCAACCACGCCAUCGUCCAAACCCUGAUGCACCUGAAGCAGCCGCACUUGCCCAAACCUUGCUGUGUGCCCACAGUUUUGGGAGCCAUUACUAUUCUAAGGUAUCUGAAUGAGGACAUCAUCGACCUGACCAAAUACCAAAAGGCAGUGGCCAAGGAGUGUGGAUGUCAUUAG